UAUUCACCCCUCCCAAUCUCUUGAGUUUCAUCCAAGAAAACCCAAAAAAAAUCCAAUCGUUUGUUUAAAUCUAUAUAAACCAACUCAAACUCAAACUCCCAAAAUUAAAACAACUACUAUACACAUCCCAGCAUGGCUCAAACAGCAGCGGAGGCGGGGCAGCGGCGGCCGAUGCUCCAGUGCGCGGUGCUGGUGGUGAUCGCGCUGAUCGCGAUGACGGGGCUGGCGGUGCUGAUCAUCUGGGCGUCGGUGCAGCCGAAGAAGCUCCACUACUCGAUCGAGCACGGCUCCAUCACGGGCUUCAACCUCACAAGCGACAAGCUCAGCUCCAACUUCGGCUUCGCGCUGAGGGCCAACAACCCCAACCGCCACGUGUCGAUCUACUACGACCGGAUCGACGUGACGGUCGCCUACGAGGACCAGAAGCUCUCCGUCAACAACGUCCACCCCUUCCACCAGCGGAAGAGGAACGUCACCUUCGUCGACCUCAAGCUGGUGGCCAAGGACGCCGCCGUCUACGGCGCCACGGCGCGGGACCUGAGGAUGGAGCGGGCGGCGGGGGAGGUCAACUUGAACGUGAAGGUGCGGGCCAAGAUCAGGCUCAAGGUUGGGGUGUUCAAGAUUCACCGGACCCUCAAGGUGGAUUGUGAAUCCGUCACGGUGCCGUUUGAUUCCAGGAAGGGUUUUCAGAGGGUGCUAUGUGAGACGGAUUUGGAUAAUUAAUUCAUUCAUCACAUUAAUUUGUUGUUGUUGUUUUCAGAUUUCAUUUCUUUCUUUUUCUUCUUCUUUUUUUUCAUUUUUUUUUUUUGUGUAAGUGUUUGUUCAAUUUGUGAGAGCCUGAUAUUGGAUAUGAGAGGUUUGGGUUGUAUUAAUGCAUGCUUCCAAUUUAAUCAGAUUUGUCCUCAA